AUGAUACAUUUUUAUUCGAUUUUACUUGUCAUAUUUUUUAUGGUGCAUUCAAAAUUUGAAUGUAAACAAGUUUUAAAUGAUAAUAAUUAUAAUAUUGAUGGAACAAUUGAAAAUUCUAACUGGGAAUUUGUACGUGAUAUAUUUAAAAGUAACUUUCAUGAUGGAUUAGAUAUUGGUGCGUCAUUAGCAAUUUAUCAUAAUGGUAAAUUAGUUGUGGAUUUAUGGGGUGGAUGGUUUGAUAAAAAUAAAACUAUACCUUAUACAAAUGAUACAUUACAACUAGUUUAUUCAACAUCAAAAGGUAUUGUAGCUGUUGCUGUUGCGUUAUGCGUACAAAAGGGUCUAAUUGAUUAUAAUGAACUUGUUACAACAUAUUGGCCAGAGUAUGGACAAGAAGGCAAAGAAAACACAACCGUAGCUGAUUUAAUGUCGCAUCGUGCAGGUUUACCAGAUUUCGGUCAUUCAUUUACACUUGACGAUAUUUUAAAUUGGAAAACAAUGACUGAUGCUCUAGAAAAACAGAAACCAGUGUGGAAACCAGGUACAGCACAUGGUUAUCAUGCAGUAACUUUUGGAUGGCUAGCUGGUGAGCUAGUACGCCGAGUUGAUCCAGAAAAACGAACAUUAGGACAAUUUAUUCGAGAUGAAAUAACAAAACCAACUCACACUGAAUUUUAUAUUGGUUUACCGGCUGCUUUAGAAUAUCGUGUCUCUCCACUUGUAAGUAAAAACUACACUAAUUUUGAAUCAACCUCAAAUGUCACCAAUCCAUUAGGUGAAGAGGAUAUAUUCAAUGAUCAUCGAAUACAUCAAGGUGAGAUUCCAGCAGCUAAUGGCAUAACAAACGCAAGAUCAUUAGCACGCAUAUAUGCUUCUCUUCUCAGUGAUUUGGACGAUGGUCAGAAAUGGUUAUUAACUGAAACUAUAUUAAAACAAGCAACCAAAUCGAAUACACCUGAAAAUGAAGGCGAUCAAGUACUUUCUAAUCUUCCAACAUCAUUCGCAAUGGGUUUCAUGACUUUUGGAUCACUUGUAUUAGGACCAGGAUCAUUUGGACAUAACGGUAAGUGA